GAGGGUAGCGGACCGGGAACGCGAGGGGCAGUGACGCUCAGCUGCCGGACGCACAGGUGUGUUUGCUGAGGCUCCCAGCUGCCCGCGAGCCGGCGCUUCUGUAGCGGCAGGACUGAGCUGAUUUGUUCGGCGGGGAAGAGUGUUUCGCUGCCGUUCAGAAGGUAGAUGCGGUGUGCUUUGAGUUGAGGAAUCUUGCUAGACGUUGAGACCGUUCUCCGUAGGUCCUGGAAGACUUCAAUACACCGGUGCCUCGUCUUUCCGUCAGCGAGAUGGAUUAUUCGGCGAGUUAGCGGAGUGACAUGGGUAAUUGUUUCACCAAGGCACAACUGAAGCCAACCAUCAUGGGGCAAAGCAGCUCACAACAUGAACAGCGAGUGGCGUCCAACGGCGGGUCGUGGGAUGCGGCGCAGGGCCAGCAGACUCCGUCCCGAGGAGGGGUCAUGUCCUCCGCUCACGGUCCUCGUGGUGACGUCAUCCGACCGUCAGCCGGCGGCCGGCUGGCCUCCUGUCGGUCGGCAGGUACUUCCCUCAGGACCUCCCACAGGAGCGGCUCGCGGGGGCUCUCCCAGCCGCGGCCGUCCGGUACGGGCACACCACCGCGCGGCGGCAGCCCGCGGGUCGUCAGGGCGCUCUACAGCUACGAGAGCCGCGUCGGCUCCGACAUCAGCUUCCGAAAGGGCGACAGAAUGGAGGCGGCCGCCGAGGGCAACAACGACCCCGACUGGCUGAACGUGCACCACCUGGGUACCGGCCAGACCGGCUUCGUGCCCAGGAACUACGUGGCCACCGAGGCGUCAGUGGAGAGCGAGGACUGGUACUUCAACCGGAUCUCGCGGAAGGAGGCGGAGACGCUGCUCCUGCUGCCGGAGAAUCCUCGCGGCACGUUCCUGGUGCGGCCCUCCGAGCGUAUGACCAGCAUGUGCUCUCUCUCCGUUCAGGACUGGGAGCCGCAGAGGGGUCGCCACGUCAAACACUACAAGAUCCACCGGCUGGAUGACGGCGGCUACUACAUAGCGCCGCGAAACACCUACAGGGACCUGAGGAGCCUCAUCAACAGCUAUGCACAGGAGGCCAAGGGUUUGUGCCACGUGCUCACUCAAGUAUGUCCGCGGCCCAAACCGCAGAUGUGGGACCUGUCGCUCGAGACCAGGAACCACUGGAUGGAGAUUGACAAAUCGGAGAUCACCAUGAAACGAGUGCUCGGCUCCGGGAACUUCGGAGAAGUGUGGUAUGGCCUGUGGCGUGACAAGACCGAAGUGGCCGUGAAGAAGCUCAAACCGGGCUCCAUGUCCCCCGCCGCCUUCCUGGCUGAGGCGCAGAUCAUGAAAAAGUUCAGACACGAGCGUCUGUUGGCGCUGUAUGCCGUCUGCUCGGAGGAGCCGAUACUGAUCGUCACCGAGUUCAUGUGUAACGGCAGUCUGCUCGACUACCUGCGCAAACCCGAGGGCAAGCAGUGCAAGUUUCCCGACCUCCUCUACAUGUCCGGACAGGUGGCCAGUGGCAUGGCCUACCUGGAGGAGAAGCGUCUGAUCCACCGCGACCUGGCGGCCAGGAACAUCCUGGUCGGUGACGCCCGCGAGGUGAAGAUCUGCGACUUCGGACUGGCUAGGGCUAUCGAAGACAACGAAUACUGUCCCAAGCAGGGCGCCAAGUUCCCGGUCAAGUGGACCGCUCCCGAGGCCAUCAUGUACGGCAAGUUCUCCAUCAAGUCGGACGUAUGGUCGUUCGGCGUUCUGCUCAUGGAGAUAGUCACCUACGGAGCGGUGCCGUACCCCGGUAUGCACAACCGUGAGGUGAUCGAGCACAUCGAGAGGGGCUACCGGAUGCCGAAACCGACCAGUGUCGUCUGUCCAGACUCCAUCUACGGCCUGAUGGCGCAGUGCUGGCACGGCGAGCCCGAGCGGCGGCCCACCUUCGAGUACACGUUCCACUUCCUGGACGACUUCUCCAUAUCGUCCGAGAUCCCCUACAGGGAGGUGCAGGACUAGGUCUGUCGAACCGCGACCUGCCCGACAUGUUGGUGAGGGGGUACCGCGCUCCACCGCCGCCGCCAACCGUCUGUCCGCCGGCCCUCUAUGAGACCAUGCUGCAGUGCUGGACGUUCGAGCCGGAGAAGAGGCCCACCUUCGCCUUCCUCGACCAGCACAUCAACGACUUCGACGUCAGCACCGAGGGGCAGUACAUCGAUGAGAAUGACGUCUGAGCGAUGCGAAACACAGCUGGUGAUGUCAGUGACGUCAUCUGUGUUCGUGCUACAUCAUCAGGGGCGUUGGUCUGAUGCGUGCGGUACGAGUGUCGGUGUGUGGUGGGCACUGCACAAUGUUUGUGCAUGGCUAGAGCCAUUGUCGGUCACAGCAGCGACACCUAGAUCAGUUCCGCUGCCAUCGAUGUGUCCCAGGACGGGUGAGAUCCUCUCUGGUAAGAAAUCGCACAGUCUCUCGGUGGAUCUCAGCUCUGACGUGGUUGGAGACACUGAUGACGUCACGGGAGUGGCCGGCCACGUGUGUGUUACGUCACUGCAUCAUCAUGUCAUCAGGAGUCGUCAUGAUGUUAUGAUGGAGCUAGGCCAGCAUAAUGAUGUUCAGUGAUCAUCUGUGCUAAAUUGAUAGAGAACUGUCUAGAAGGUGCCAUGGUGACGUGUAGCAUGCGAUACAGAAGCGGUAACGAUUUCGAUACAUUUUCAAUCGAUAUUGUUUAAACCAAGCAGACGAGAAAGAGCAAGUGAGGAACAGGAGGCCGAAGAGAAAGAGCGAAGGCCAAAUAAGAGCCGUCUUUCAGGCCGCGCUGGGGUCUAGUCGAAUCGAAGGGUGAGUUUUGGCCACUCAGGUCGCACCCUCGAGCCACCGUGCGUCGCCGGUGGAGUUGGAGAGACAAAGUGGGUGCCCGGUAAGGCCGGGCAGUGGUCGUGGAAGGUGUCCUGUCGUGUUUCAUACCUUUGUACCGCCGUUGUGAUAGCUGGCGCACAUCGGGAGAGCAGAACUACAAUCUGCGGAAUGAUUGUGUUCAUACGUGCGAAUCGGUGUCGUGUGUGUUUGAAUAUGUGUUCACAUGUGAGUCAUGUAUGUGCGAGAUUCUUUAUACAUAAGAUGUGCUCCCGGACCCCGUCUGCGGGCUGUACUCGGUAUGAUGUGGAGCAGAUUCGUUCAACCUUAGUGUCAUUGUACUCCUGGAGCGCCCACCCAAGAGCUUCCUAGCCCGGAGCGAAGCCUCCACCUUGGGACAUCCACGGGACCAACAAUGAGGGACUAGAGCCGGAGGGCGGCAUCGGUUUUGCGCCGACAUUCGUGUUGCUUUUCAUGUGUUUUUGGAGAAUGAGCUGGCGGCGAAUGAUAUCCUCGUUGUGAGGGGAUGACGUAUGAUCCCAGCGGAGUGGUUCGGGACCGACCGUGUCGGCGGUUAUAUCCCUGAGUGCGUCAUUCUUGUGUCGCUCUCAUAAGGAACCGAUGUCGGAGCUGGAGCGCUGCCCUCUGCUGAUAUAUUGUUAUUCAUUUGUCGCUAUAUUACGCUUGGAAUAUUGUCUUGAGUUCAAUUCAGUGGAAGCCUCGCCCGUGUUAUUGCAAGUGUUUGUAUGUUUGUAUGCAUGUCACCUAUAGUUACUCGCAGACAUCCAAGCUCUCAAAAAUAAACUUCGCCUCAAU